AUGGCUACCGAGAUUGAGCAUCCGCUGGCUCUGGGCCAUGGGGCCCAUGCUGUACACGCACCCUCCCACGACCACGGCGCCGACGCGACGCCCACGUCUGCCACAGCCUCGACGCCCAACAAGCAAUCACCAACGCACUCCACAUCCAGCGCCGGCGGCCAAUCGUGCAACUCGAAGCGGCCCCCUCGCAAGAGCACCCUGACGCAGCAGCAGAAGAACCAGAAGAGACAGCGGGCGACGCAGGACCAGCUCACGAUUCUCGAGCUCGAGUUCAACAAGAACCCAACCCCGACCGCCAACGUCAGGGACAAGAUUGCCGAGGAGAUCAACAUGACGGAGAGAUCUGUGCAGAUCUGGUUCCAGAACAGACGCGCCAAGAUUAAGUUGCUGGCCAAGAAGAGUCUGGAAACGGGCGAAGACAUUGACUCCAUACCCGAGUCGAUGCGCGCCUACCUGGCUAUGCAGGCAAUGGAGUCUGGCAAGGGCCUGGGAGGCAGCUAUCUGGGCCGCACGGGGCUCUUGCCCUUUGGCCACGGCGGCAUGCUCCUCAGCGGCGACCAGGGCGCCCAUGGCAAAGUUUUGAUCCAUCAUCUUACCUGCCGGUCCCUCAGCGUCGGGAAAUGGACUCGGGUGGGCCAGAACACGAUGGACCUCAUCAUCUUUUACUCGCCCGACAAGUGCACCAUGACAUACUACAUCAACAACGAGCAGGCCGGAUACAAGAUCGAGUAUCCCUUUUCGUACAUCAAGAGCAUCUGGCUCCAGAACGGCGAUGACGACCAGAACAAGCUCGGCGGCAUCGUCAUCGAGCUCAACCACCCGCCCAACUUCUUCAUGGACUCGUCGCCAGCCACAAACGGCUUCAUCCAAGUCGGCGACUUCACCGAGGACAUGCAGGCCACCCACUGCAUGAUCCACCACCUUGGCGGCAACCCCAAGGUGCUGACCAACCAGCUGGCCAAGCUGGUCUCGCUCGAGUCCUUCAUGAACCGCCACAACCCCCACCAGUAUGGUGAACAUUCCGGACUACCAGCGUCGGCCCCGGUCUCACCCACGGCACGGCCGUCGUCGCAGCCCAACUUUGCCCAGCAGCCCACGGGCAUGCUGCAGGAACCUUGGGGGAUCAACCAGAUGCACUCGGGCAUGCGCCCGCCGCACGGGCACAAGAGGCAGCGCAGCCGAUCGGUGCCGGGUCCCAUUGACUUCGCCAUGUUCCAGAACCACUCGAUGCCGUCGUUUUACAUCCAACCGCCGGGCGAAAUGGGCCCUCCCCAGCACACGACGCCCCUCUACGCCCCCGUCCCGCAGCAGCCGGCAAGCGGGAUGCCCACCAAUCUUCGCAUCGACACGCAGGCGGGGUUCGGGCUGGAGAUGCGACAGUAUCCCAUGUCGGCAACGACGGCGUCCCCGUCCGAGUUCCCACCGAGCCCCGGAUACUUUACGCAGGGCCCCGAGGGCGGCGCGAUGCACGGCUCCAACCUCAACACGCCGUAUGGCGGCGCCUUCUUGUCGCCUAUGAUGAACGCGGAGACCAAUGUCCCCGCUGCAGUCUCGCCCCUUCCGUUCAAUGGGCCGACGGAGCCGUCAAUUGUGGAACAGUCGCCGCCAAUGUCGAUGAUGGGUCGGCCAGGCUCUGCCGAGAUGUAUGCAGGCCACGAGGCGUCAUCGUACGCGGUAUCGGAAGACGGGGCCAGCCUCAACGAAAUGUACUCAAAACACACCAUCAACCUGCCAAUGCACACUCCCUCUCCAGGCGCCUUCGGCCAGCCUCAACACGGGGACCUCGACAUGGACCAGCUGGUGCAGUUUGACGCCGUCGACGCGUCGAGCCUGUCGCCCGAGACCAAGCCGCCCAUGUCGUAG